CUGCAGAACAAUGAGCCAUGGCAGCCUCAUCCUGAGGAGUUCGUGGCCAUUGCAGACUAUGCUGCCACCGACGAGACCCAGCGCCCUUUUUUGAGAGGAGAAUAAAUUCUUAUCCUGAGACAAACCACAGCUGACUGGUGGUGGGGCGAGCGAGCAGGCUGCUGUGGGUACAUUCCUGCAAAUCAUGUUGGGAAGCAGGUGGAGGAGUAUGACCCUGAGGACACCUGGCAGGAUGAAGAAUAUUUUGGCAGCUAUGGGACUCUGAAACCUCACUUGUAAAUGUUGGCAGACCAGCCUUGGACCACAAAAUACCACAGUGUCAUCCUGCAGAACAAGGAAUCCCUGAAGGACAAGGUCAUCCUGGACGUGGGCUGUGGCACUGGGAUCAUCAGCCUCUUCUGUGCACAUCAUGGCAGGCCUAAGGCGGUGUAUGCUGUGGAGGCCAGUGAGAUGGCACAGCACACAGGCCAGCUGGUCCUGCAUAAUGGCUUUGCUGACACCAUCACUGUGUUCCAGCAGAAGGUGGAGGAUGUGGUGCUGCCUGAGAAGGUGGAUGUGCUGGUGUCUGAGUGGAUGGGGACCUGCCUACUGUUUGAGUUCAUGAUUGAGUACAUCCUGUAUGCCCGUGACACAUGGCUGAAGGAGGAUGGAGUCAUCUGGCCAACCACAGCUGCAUUAUACCUGGUGCCUUGCAGUGCCGACAAGGACGACCACAGCAAGGUGCUCUUCUGGGACAAUGCCUAUGAGUUCAACCUCAGUGCACUUAAAUCUUUAGCAAUCAAGGAGUUUUUCUCAAAACCCAAGUGUAAUCAUAUCUUGAAGCCAGAAGACUGGCUCUCUGAACCCUGCACCAUAUUGCGGUUGGACAUGAGAACUGUGCAGUUGGACAUGAGAACUCUUACCUAGAGGUAAGAGGAGGGCAGCCUGCUCCUUCCAGAUGUUAAUCCACUGCCUGUGAAUUGCUAGGCACCUGCCUAACACAGUACAGACUUCAAGAGGGUGUGGAUUGUGCAUCAUAGAUUAUUGUAUUUUAUGAAUAAGUGGUUCAUACUCCUUUUAUAUGACUUUUCCUUUAGUUUGCAUUUAUGUUCUAUUUUGAU